AUGGUGAGCGCCGCACCGCUGAGUCUCGCACCUUCACACGCCGGCGCCACGCAUUCACGCAAGUGCAACAGGGUUGGUGCGCAUCGGAAGGGGCAGGCAGUCUGCGCCCCCUCGAGCACCACUCCCGCCCAGUACGCCCUGGCAAGGCACUUGGUGGCACGCACCGCCCCAAUAACGUCACCCCGCAGCGGCGGCUCGGACGCAGACGAGGCCUCUGGCAGCCCAGCGGGGUUCACACAGCGAUGGGACCACACUUACCGCAAGGCGGAAUUAAAGCCAAGCAUCACGCCGCUCUACGGCCGAUAG